AUGUCUGCUAAAGAACAAGACCAGAUACAGAUCCUACCGAAGCCGCAAGCCCGCGACAAGCCGGCCAAGGCACUGAAACCAGCGAAGAAGAGGUUUAUUCCAUCCUCGAAUAUCCUCAACAGCAUUAUAUCGUCCAAUGAAAAUAGCCAUCAGCUGCUGACGAUCAACUCCAAUAUCCACUCCAACAUCAACAUCAAGACAAACAACUCGUUCGACCUAAAGCUGCAGUUGCAGAAUGCCACAAAAGAGAAUGAGAACUUGAAAAAGAUUUUGAACAAACUCAACAAGGAGAUUGAGAAUUUGAAGAUAUUGAAGCUGGAGAGCGACAGUGCGAAGAACGAUUCGACGCUGUUCAACGCGGAGUUCUCGCUUAAUGCGAAGAAACUCAAGCUGGACGAUUCGCUGAGCGAUUCCGGAAUCUCCAACUAUACAGACAUGUGCGGGUUUUGCUCAAGCGGAACACCGUGUUUCUGCUAUACCGAUUCGAGCGCUUCUCUUUGGUAUGGCAAGGAAGGUGAAAGAGGAUGA